AUGGCGAGAACCAGAUCUACCAAGUCUGCACCAGCAGCCAAAACCGAAGACACCAACGCUUCCUUGGCGGCCAAACACUCACUGCCUGAGGAGUCAUCGAGUCCCCCGAAGCUAUUCAUUAUUCCCAACAAAGCCACAAAGGAGGCCCGUAUAGUCUCCUUGCCCAACCCUCGCUACUCAAAACUGACUCGCUACCUUCUUUGCCCGGACACAGGCAUCUAUGAAUUCACAAAGAUUGCGGCACCGAAGGCGACACCCAGGAGCUGGCUAAUUGAGACACCCGCUGGCAACCUGGAGAGAACGGGGCCCACGGAUGGAUUGCGAUUCGAAGCACAUGUCACCAGCGGCGCCGACCUCUUUGUCGCGACGCCGUUUGACCCCCUCUUUUUGCUCGUACCCGGCCUCUUCGGUCCUACCAACGCCAAAACACCAGACAUGAAGCGUCUCUUCCUUUCCAGCGACGACCAUUUCGAUGCGCUGUCUACGUCGUCCUCCCACUUGUCCGAAGCCCUUCGAUGCCACAAGACCCGAGCCCUGCUCGAAUCACGAAUGGAGUCUAUCAGCGAUACCGUGGACGCUGGCGAGGAAAAGAUGUAUCGGCUGAGCGAGAAGAAACUUGUCCUUGAGAUUCUCUCAAAGGCGCGCUCCAUGAGCUCCAAGGGACUUCCCGCCAGCAUGGAGGAGAAGUUCGUCAAGAAAGCCCUCGAGGCGCCCAUCCAAGUACAGAAGUCGCAGGCCACAGCUGUGAAGCAGGCUCCCGAGACGACCACUGAUGAAUUGAGUACACCCGCGUCGAAGAACAUACCCGAAGAGUCCCAGUCCUCCAUAUCAAUAGAAGACAGCGCAGCCGCAGCUGUCUCGAACGCUUCAACCGCAGCUACUUCUGUUGCAACCGAGGUCGCGGAGGAAACGGUAUCGAGCGCGAUCCACGCAUCUGACGAGGUCACAAGCCUCCAGAGGCUUAGGAUUGCCUUCAGUUUCAUCUGCUCUAGCUACAUUGCAACGGGAAUGGCGGCGAAUUUGAAGGAACUUCUGGAAGACAAGGAGACGUCAGGUGUCAACUUCUCGCCCCUGGACGGCUACUUGGCUCAGCUCACCAAGCUUCGCGCCGAAGCUGCAUCAUCCCGGUCCAUGGGCGACUACUCUAGGAAGCGCAUGCUAGAUGAGGAGGAGGAAGAGCUCCGCGCCGAAAAGAAGCGCAAGAUGGAGGAGGAGAAGAAGAAGAAGGCCUCUCAGAGCCGCGGUGUUAAAGCUUUGGAGAAAGUCAACACCAAGGGCAUGAAAAAGAUGAGCGACUUUUUCAAGAAGAAAUAG